CGUGAACGGGAAAAUACGUGAAAAGGCCUCCUCGAGGAAAAGCGAUGGAUAAACCAGCUUGCAAGUACGGUGCUGGUUGUUAUCAGAAAAAUCCGGCACACAAGGAAAAGUAUUCACACCCUCCGAAGCAAGUGGAGGCCACUGAAACAGAGGAACCCGGCAAAGCGGCAACGACGACCAACGCAACUCCGACCGGCCAAACUGGCUCCACGAAGCGACUCUUUAGCGAGGAACAGCUUGACGAGGAUUUGAAACGCUGCAAACGGCCCCCAACACCGGAAAAGGAUGAUAAUAAUGCGGAGGAAGCGGAUAGCCGGCACGAGUAUCAUGGAAUGGAACGACAGCGCUACCGGUUACCCGAGGUUCCGAUCGACGUUGGCAUGAUGAGCGAUCUGUACGAUCCGCAGAUCGAGUAUUCGAAGCGAGCCGAAUACAAAGAGCUCUGCGAUGAUCCCAAAGAGUUUAUCAGGCACAAGUUUCUCGUCACGAUGCCCCCGUGUUUCGAUUCCCUGUGGGAGUUUUGCAAGGAAGUAGCAGGCAGUGAGAGAAAACCGGAAGACGUGUUCGAUUCGAUUGGCCUUCGUCUAGUAGGCCCGUUCGACGUGUUGGCUGGCAAGUUCAAGGAUGUGAAGAUACACGAACCCGGUGAUUAUCUACGCCACUGGCGUUUCUUCUACGAUCCUCCAGAAUUCCAGACGGUGCUCGUGAAGAAAGGUACCGGUUUGCACUACGGCUAUUGGCGUGAUGAUCCCACCAACGCAGACGGGUUGGUAGCGUUUAACGAUGUCAGCAAAGGAUGUGAAUUCAAAAUCAUCGGCGAAAACGUGUUCGAUGCCGUGCUCCAUUUUCUUAACGAAAAUGCAAGCGUUACCCCGUUCAAUAAGGGGCCGAUCAACAGCAUGAAGAAACGCAUUGAAGAAUGGACUUCCGCGAAAGGCAUUUCGCUGCAGGGUGGCGAGAAGAUCAAGGCUCGCAGUAAGCUGAUCGUAUGCAAAACGUUCCACAAGGCCGGUCUAGUGGUGCCGUUCGAUAGAAAAAAAGAACUCGGCUAUCGACCGCUGUUGGAAAGUGACGCCAAUCUGCGUAAGAUGCUGUCCAAGUUUAAUAACAUCGACCGGGCUAAAGAAAAAGAGAAAUUUCAAGGACUGAUGAUGGAGCUGCAGGCGUUAAUAACGGCAGCGAAUAUUGCGGUGGAUGAGUGUGAUUUUGGAACGGCGCUGGAACUAGCAUUGGAUCUGUUUUGCCACGGAACCACAAAUUUACAUGAAGUAAUGAAACCCCUGUUCUUUACCGGUUAUUCGAUGGUUCAGCGUCCGCAGUACAUCGCAAUCAUUAAGUCGCACCUUGAUAAUCGACGCCAAGGAACAAAUCUGGAUUUGCUGGCUAAUUCAUAGUUCCGUUGAACGAGGAGAAGAAACUGAAAAUUAUUAUUUCAUUUUUUGCAUUCAAAAGGAUAUCAUUCUGUUCUAUUAAUAAUUAUUUAAGUGAAAUAAAUUAA